UUCAAAUUGCUGGAGAUGUCUUUCUCGAACAUAUCCAGCAUAUAUCCAUCAUCUCCAGCUAACAAUGGCACCCCACCACGAAGCAGUCAAGCAUCAGAUGCACCACCAUCGAAUCUGACGCCAGAACAACAGAACCAGCGCGAAAAGAAAAUGGGCAUCAUCCGCGCCUCCAUCACCAACCUGGAAUCCCAGAUCCUUCAGCUCGAGUCCCAGCUUACGGAAAUGAGGUCGAAACUAAAACAUGACCCAACUGCAACAGUCCAGUGUCAUAUUCGUUUGCUUCAUGAGUACAAUGAAAUCAAGGAUAUCGGACAGGGCUUGAUGGGUCUCAUUGCUGAUGCGCGAGGACUGCGGCAAAUCGACGUACAGAGAGAGUAUGGGGUUAGGGAUGGUGAUUGAUUGAUGGAUUGAUUGCUGUCUACCCUGGUUACGGAACUUGUAGGAUUUUCGAUUCAUAUUUGUUCUGCUAUGAAAAAUGGGCAUUUCUUAGGAUAUGCGGGCGAGUCGGAAAUGGCGUUAUGG